UAGUCAAUUGCCUGCUCAGUAAUAUUCGUACCGUGACACAGCGUGGAUGUAAUGUCGUUCGUCAAGUUGAUAAGAUAACGAACUUGAAAGUGUUGGCCAAGUAGCAUAUAAAAGUUGGUUGUAUUAUUUGAUCGACGUUCAGAAAUCGCAUUUACUUCGAAAUGUCAAGAUCAAGAAUGGAAGUGAAUCACUUGACAAUCGACGAACGUGUGUUCGAGAAAGUACUUCGAAGAAAAUUAUCAAACGAAACUGUCAGAAUUUUGGAAAUUAAGUAUUACUAUUUGUCGGAGAAGGGAAUGAACUUUCUCAGUGAUUUGUACGAGAUACAUAUCAGAUAUACAGUUCCUUCCAACAACGAUAAAACGAACGAGACAAAAUUGGAGCAAGCGAUCAAUGUGGUUGUCAAAGUUGAACCAUUGAACGAACUAUUGCACAGCAUCGUUUCUCAACAAGAUUUGUUCGACACUGAACUGAAAGUUUUGCGCGAUGUUCUACCUAGGAUAAAGAAAUUUGUUUCUCCUCAACUGGGCCCAGAUUUAUUAUACGGUUCUAGCGAUUCUCGAAUUCUUAUAAUGGAAAACUUGCUCGAGAGAGGAUUCGCUAUGAAAGAUCGCCAGAAGGGAUUGCCGCUUCAACACUGCCGUUUGGUUUUGCAACAACUUGCGAGAUUGCACGCUGGAUCCGUUGCAGUUUUUGAAGAGAAUCCAGAAAUCGUUGAUUCGUUUAUAGACGGUGGCAUUCUAUCGUCCAAAUGUCCGAAAACUUUUAUACGAAUGAUGGAAGUGAGCUUGUUACGAAUUGCCGAGCAAAUGAAAAUGUGGUCGGAUGAAAAGUGCGCGCGUACGGCGAGCAAGCUAAUUAAAUUGUCAGAAACUAUCGGGGCCGAAUGUGUCCAUAUCUAUGAUUAUGACAUCGAUGAAUUCUGCGUACUAAAUCACGGAGAUUGCUGGAUCAAUAACAUAAUGUUCAAAGAAAACGAAAAGGGUCAACCUGUUGAAUUGUUAUUGGUCGACUAUCAAAUGUCCGUUUACACGUCCCCGGCUAUCGAUCUAUUGUACUUUCUGAAUAUCUGUCCAGAAUUUGACUUGAAAUACACCCAGGACGAUUAUUUUCUGAAAAUUUAUUUGGACACCUUGGAGGAAACAAUGAAAAAUAUCGAUUGCAAGCGAAAACCACCGACGAUGAAACAGUUGAGGGAAGCAAUGCACAAAAGAAGAUUAUACGCCGUUUUCUCUGGCGUCAUACUUUAUUUGCGAAUGAUGGCUGACAAGGAGGAUACCGAGGAUUUUGUCCUACUAUUCGACAAGUUGUCAGGUGAAACCAAAUUGGAUGUUUUCAAAAAUCCAGACGCGGUGAAAUUAGCUCACAAGAUGAUCCCAAUUAUGAAUGAAAGAGGAUACUUUGAUUGAAACGAUCAUCUGCCUAGUUACUCGAUAUUAUUUAUAAUUGAUUUCAUAUUUUAUGACGUACCCUUUUAUAAAAUAUGACAACAAAUAGGCAACAAGUAUACCCAAAUACAAUAUACACGUAAUAAAAUUUUAAUGUUCUAGCAAAAUGUUUACUAGUUUUAUUAGCUAAAAAUUUACUUGUACAUGUAUAGCUGCCUGUAGAAUUAGUAGGUGCACAUAUAGACACGUAUGUAUGUAAGACACGGAUACGAGUAGCAGCAACUAAUUGUAAAUGUAUAAAUUUUGUAAAUUGC